AUGUCCUGUUCCUCGUCAAGACAUAUCAACCCGUACACGGCUGUCCAAGGCACUGUACUGAUAGUAGCCCCACGGGCGGCUGACAUGUCGUCCAGCUUGAAGCGAAUGAUCAAUAAUUACCUCGCAGUGUUCACUCUGCCUGGACAGGCCGACUUGACGAUGCCUGAACAUCUCACUGCAUUUCCGAGGCUAGCGUUCGAUCAGAUCGCCCUGUUCAGCGAGGAAGCCAAAAUGAAGGUUGACUAUUAUUUCCUCAGCAAAGUCGCCGCUCUGUUGAAGCCCGCUGGAGUUGUUAACAUCUUCAUACUACAUCCAGAUGAUAAACUAGAUUUAAGUAUGGAGACGGUCUUUGCUGGUUUCACUGGUGGCCAGGAGCUAAAUAAGGCAUGUGGUCUCGUCCACUAUGCUUGUCGGAAGCCAGGAACGCCCAGCGUUACUUUUACGUUUGAUAUGGCCCAAUCAGCACUCUGUGGUAAAUCCUUAUUGGACAACGACGAUGAUGAUGAGGAUGACUUCCUUGAACCCGUGCCGGAAACCGUUGGUGGCGGGAAAGAUUCCUGCGANNNNACCAAUGCGCAACAGCCACAACUCUCUCUCACCGAAUCACUCGUCUCUUCAACACUAUCCAGACUAUCGCCAACCAGGGUAACAGCUUCCGAAAGUGUUUGCUUUGGAAGCUUAUUGAAGGUGUUAUAA